AUGACACUUGUAGCAGGGCCCAUGAGACGAAUUCUUGACAGCACCUGCUUUACAUUGUGGUCAAGUGACCUGAGUGUGUGUGCCGCGGCGUGGGUGUACUGCCUGUUCCUGUCUGUGCCGCCGCUGCUGGGCUGGAGCCGCUACAUCCCGGAGGGCUUCCUCACCUCCUGCUCCUGGGACUACCUGACGCGCACGCCCGCCAACCGCGCCUACUACAUCUACCUGCUCGCCUUCGGCUUCGUCCUGCCAGUCGGCGUUAUAGCCUACUGCUAUGCCUUCAUCCUGGCUGCUAUUCAUGAGCACGGCCGCGAGAUGCAGGGAGUUGAAUCCACAGGAGGCCGGCGUAGCACGCACCGGUCGUGCGCGCAGCUGCAGCCCUACUCGUCCACUGUGCGCACCGUCGAGAUCAUCGUGACGCUGGUGCUGCUCUUCCUCAUGUCGUGGACGCCCUACACCGUCGUCACCCUCAUCGGACAGUUCGGGGACCAGUCGCUCGUCACUCCGUGGGUGGCCUCAUUGCCCGCGUUCUUCGCUAAGGCAUCGGUGGUGUACAACCCGAUCGUGUACGGCCUGUCGCACCCGCACUUCCGCGCGUCCAUCAAGCAGUACCUGUCGGGCUACCGGGGGCCGUGCUCCGCCUCCGGGCUGCUGCCCACCGCGGCACCGCCCACCACGUGGGGCAGCCUGGUGCUGCGCCGGCGGCCGCGCGCCAUCUCCAGCCCGGGCCACGUGCAGCACGUGCGUUGCUUCCUGCCGCCGCAGCACCGCCGCCUCAGGCACUACCACAGCGAGCCUCCGGACCCACCGUCCCUCGACGGCAGCCGCUGCCUGGGUGCAUUCAUUUCUACAGCUUACGAAGCUUUUGGUAUACCAGAAGUCAUGGUCUGA